AUGUCCCGACGAAUAACCCCAUUGUACGUGUUCGAUGACCCAGCAGAAUACCACCGUCGCCACAGCCAGGGCACUUUAGUCGAGUUCCAAAAUGAAAGCAAGGAGAUCAAUGCCUUCAACGAGAAGCAGAUCGCCUUCAAGGCCUGGGUGGUCGCAAACGUGUGGCAAGGAAAGGACAAGUCGGGUUGGAUGUUCCUGAUCCGCCCUGGCGAUCAAUCCCAGUGGUGCUUCCCGAAAGAGGGCGAGAACUGCGAAAUCAUGAUCCUGAGCAAGUCUGGAAAAGAGAAAAAGUCGAAAUGGCUGGACGCCGAGCGUGUCGACAACCCUGCUGCCUCGAUGGGCCUUCCCGAAGAGGCUUAUCGCCUUGCUGCCUUCGAGGUCAAGGUACCGAAAGACGUGCCCCCAGGCCUCCUGAACCCUAUCCAAGACGACCCAGAUGAUUUCGACCAUGGUAUUACGCCACAGAAGAGCAGGAAGUACCUUUUUGGGGACAAGAAGGCUGUCAAGGUCAAUAUAAAGCUCAGUAUUUCGUCAGCCACCAAGGACGCCGAAUUUGGAGCAGUCACCAAACUGGCGCUGAACCCAGAGAACGAUCGGACUCAGAAGCAAUACGAUGCUUUUCUGUACCUGAUGGAGUUCAAAAGCCCGCGGUUCCAAGUCAACAUGUUCAACCAUUUUCCCCACCUUCAAGACCCCAUGAACAGGGGAGCACUCCCUGCUAAGGUCAUCACAAUGCUCAAGGGAUUCAACGAGCACCAAAUAUCAGCCUACAGGACCGUUCUUGGCAAUCUGCCAUGUGGAAUUUGCAUCUUGCCUGGCGGCCCUGGCGCCGGAAAGACACACUGGAAUCUGGUGCUGACCACAGCCAUUCAGUCCAGGAAUGAAAUUUGGCUGGCGCCUAACAAGUUCGAACAGAGAUCUGCCAAAGUCCUGUACAUUCUAGACAUCAACAAGCCGCUCGAUGAUACUUCGAACAAAAUGGUGAAGCUGUACAAGAGCCUGGGACUCAAGAAAUACGCCGUUCGGCUCUAUGGGUGGCACUACAGGGGUACCGGGACAGGCAAACUGGACUUCUCUUCCAAAUUCAUGUUUAUGGCGAGACUGAACCGCUACCGCAAGCAAUCUAUCAACCCGGAUUGCUUGGCUCCCACCCUCGAUGAGCUUGCGUGGGACGUCUAUGAUGCACACAAGACGAGGAAGUACAGUGGGCUGUAUAACCUGCUGGGCAAGGCAACCAAAAAUGCAAGCGUCGCGAAGUCAGACGAGUUCAAGGACAGUGUGAAUCAGCUUUACCGCGAUGUGCUCAGGAAUGUCGACUUCAUAGCGACCACGCCCGUCCCCGCAGCCACUGCCUUCGAUGGCUACUUCAAACCUGAUAUCGUCAUCUUCGACGAGUCUCCUCACGCUCGCGAGGCUUCAACCCUCGUUGCAAUUGCAAAGUUCGAGCCUGUGGCAUGGAUUUUCAGCGGUGAUCACCGCCAAACCCGUCCAUUUGUUGCCUCAGACGAUGUCCGAGAUAAUCCUUGGGUUCCACAAAUGUUGGUCAGCAUGAUGGAGAGGGCAGACCGGGCAGGAGCAGUUCAACAUUCUCUCCUCAUCAACCAUCGUGCCUAUGGUGGUCUCCAGCGACUCGCCUCCGGCAUGUUCUACAAGAUGAAGAUGAUCAGCGGCCACCCGGACGACAAGCUUUUCCCACCGUCGGUCCAGCACCUCCAGCGGUACCUGGAGCGUUUCAUGGAUCCUGGCCAGACUUGCCGUGAGCCUCGUUUGAUUGCUUUCAGUCCCAAGCGCGGCGAGGUGCGAGUCGGAACCUCGUGGUCCAAUGAGGACCACGGGAACUGGGUCAUGGAUCGAGUUACUGAGCUGCUUCAAGACACAAGCUUCCGUCAAGUCGGGAAGACUGAUCGUGGGACCAUCCUCAUCAUCGCCCCAUAUAAAGAAGCCUACAUGAAAUACAAGAAGUCAAUCAAGAACCUACCCCAAAUGUUUCAGGCUCGCCUGGGAGUGGAAGCACGCCUCGAAGCCCGUACCAUCGACACGGUCCAAGGAGGCGAGGCUGAUUUUGUGUUCUUGGACCUCGUUCGCUCCAACGCCACGGACUUCACCGACGACCCCAACCGGCUCUGUGUUGCCUUGACCAGAGCUCGCCAGGCCGAGGUGGUAUUGAUGCACCCUGGAAUGCGCAGAGGCACUCAGUUUCUUUCCCAAGUCUUUGCUCGUUGUGAGCAGAUGGGACAAGUCGUGACCACUGAUAAGCCUCCCAGACAGCUGGUAGCCAUUCCGAGUGAGGCGAGAGCAUUGGAGCAGGAUGCAGCUCGCCGGCCCGAGAUCGAACGCGAGCGUGCGAUGCUGGGUUUGGAGCCCCAUAUUGAGCAUGCUAGCCCAAUUGAAAACAUGAGUAGCCUCUCCCUGGCUGAUGAAGCUGAGCCUGAGUCAAUCUACGCGUCUCAGUUCGCCAACAUGGCCAAGAUGAUGGAGGACAUCUUGCAGGGGAACAAGAAAAAUCAGGUCUCUCAGGAGGAGUCUCUGCCCACGGCUGGCCGAGUCGAGCCCAGGAAUGUACAGCCGCGGCUGGCUCCGAUUCCAACAUCCCAGAAUGACUUGAAUCAUCCAGGCGGAGGACGCGGACCAGUUGGAGCCCCGUUUCCACCCGAGAGUGUUGCGCCACCGUCACUGCGGAACACGAGCAAUAGGGAACCGAUGCCUGAGGGGUCGCUGGCCCGCGAUAACGCUCCUAACGGUCGACAACCUGAUGGUAGCUUUCCAAUGGGAGGCCUGUCUGUUGCCAAACAGCCGGGUCUCGCGAAGUCUCGCUGGACCACGCCCGAGCAACGAGGCACAACAGCGGCAAAGCCCGCUAAAAAUACACAUAUCUCUGGCCAUCACCAGACACAGUCUCCGUCCCCUUCUCCGGCUAUUCAGCUUGAUCAUGGCAUGGCUGCUGGUCUGUCCGACCUUCGCUCUCCUGAGACCACUGCCUAUGCCCCGAUGAUUCGCCAGUCUGGAGGCGUUCCUCUUUCUCGGCCAACUGGUUCUGCCCAGACUUCGAAUCAGGCUACGACCAGACCCAUCGUGACUGCCAAUGGACGGGCACGUGAUAAUGAGACCAGCUCUCUUCCCGCGGGCCAGUCAUGGUGGUAG